ACUAGAAUUUAUAUUUUACAUAAAAAAUAAGUAAGUUCUAAUAAAAUUUUACUAACUAUAAGGUUUUUUGCAUGUUAAACUGUCAAUAAUGUUACCCAAAUUAUUUUAUUCUAUUUGUUAUACUUUUUGGAUUCUAACUACAAAAUGCUUUGUGAGUUGUAAAAUAAAGUCUAAAACAUAUGAAAAAUAUUUGUCAGGCGUAAUGGAUCAUUUAAGUGAACAAGUUGGUUGGGAUUCUAUGCAGCAUUUGAAAAUUAAAUACGACUUCUCUACAGAGAUAAAUUUUAUUAUUAAGGACGUUAUUUGCAAAGAGAGUCGUAUAAUACUACCAAAAAAGUUCGAUGCUAUAAUUGAUACGUUAAAUUACAUGUACGCAGAAGUCAUCAAAACAUUCAUUGAUCAUAUUCGCACUAUAGCUAACCAAUGUCAAGAAUAUUAUGACUUAAACCAGGGAGAUUAUUUGUUACGUUGUACAGUUUUACUUCAAAGUGUUGUGGAAAAUUCGAAAACCAUGUUUGAACAGUUAUACAAUGUAAUGAACUAUCUUAGUAACAUAGAUUUUAAACUAUUAGAGAAUACAAAAAAAACUUUCUCUGUGCCUAUAGUAGAUGAAAUUUAUACUUUUGUAGAAUAUACAAUAUUAAAAAGUCAACAAAAUACACAGAUAUUUAUCGACCCAAACGAUCCAAACACAAAAAAAGAUGCUUAUGAGGUUAUUUUAGAUGUGAACAGUUUUAUCAAAGGAGAAGGUCAUGAGACCUACCAAAAUAUUAAGAAGAAAAAUAGUUCAGUUGUUUACAAUCAUAAACCAAAGUAUUUACUUGAAGAUAAUCUAAAAAAUUAUAAAGCACAACAAUAUAAAAACAUUGAAUUGAGCCAUUAUUUAAGUGAAUGGCUUGACAUAUAUUAUGUUGAAAUUUCUACAAAUUUCUAUAAAAAUCUUGGCUUUGAACAAGUUUUAGAUUUAAAUGAGGAAAGUACUUUAAAUCCACCAGUUCAUUUAUAUGAAAAUAUUAGUCAAAAAGAGAAAAUCGAACAAUUAAAUUUAAUUACUAAAGAAAUUGGAUGGAAAUCGUUGAAACACAUUAAUAUUGUAUUUAAUGAUCAAGUUAUAAGCGUAGACCGUAUUCUUAGACACCCAGCAGAUAGACUAAAUUUUCAUUGUAAAAAACAACAUAUAUUAAGAUUGAUCAAGUGCAUUUAUACAGAAAUAUUGUUUAAAUAUUUCAAAUAUGUCAUUUUUAUAUUAAAUUUUUGCGAAAAAAUAAGAGUAAAAAGUAAUUAUGUUAUGUAUAUAAAUUUUGUAAGACUACUUUUUGAUGCAGUUCAUAAGACAACUAAAAUGUUUGAUAUAAUGUAUAAAACAUUGGUUUCUUUAAAUGAACUAAUAGGAGAAAAUUUUCAUGACAACUGCAGUUCGUAUUUAAAAUGUGUGUGUAAUUUAAUAACAAAAAUACUCGAGGAAAUUAAUUCUGGAAAUUAUUCAAUGGAUGUUUUGAAUAGUAAUAGAAAUAUCAGUAAACAUAGAAUAAAGCUAUUUUACGCAAAAAAAUACGUACAAAAUUUCUCAGAAUUUUUAAAAUAUAACAAAUUGAAAAGUUCUUUAAAUAAAACACAUGAAAAACAAUGUCCAUCAGUGAAUUUAGUGCUAAACAUUGACAUACCUGAGUUAAUUAAUAUUGACAAUUUUUCAUCUGCUUGUAACGAACUUAUUGUAUUUUCUAAAAAUUUUAUAAAAAUUUACUGUGAUGAGUUAGGUUUAAAUAAAUUAAAUUAAUUUAUUCA